GUUACGAUUGGUAACUGACGACAUGUUUUUUUCUUGAAAUCAAUUAAUACGCUUUCAUUUACAAGUACUGCUGAUGAAUACACAUACUGUUAUGUUAAGGGAAUAAAAGGUUUGAAGAAAAAAUAAUCGCAUUGUAAUACUUCGAAACAUUAAUCCACGGGACUUACCAAAUAAACAUGUUUUAAGAAGUUUUGGAGCAAUAGCAACGUCAUUGUUUUGUAUUUAUAGUUUGCUCAGAAUUGACUCAAACUUACUAGUAAAAAUGAUUGGUUUGUGUUUUGUUGGUGUACUUAUAAUGUGCAGUGUUUCCGCUAGCGGAACAGCUCUGAUGUUUGAACUUCCGGACCGGAAACGAUUUUGUCUCAGCGAGGAAUUUGAGGGUCCUAAAGAUUACGUGCUCGAAUAUAGGGUCAUGAAAGGAGGAAAAAAUGACGUAGACGUCUCCGUAAGAAGUCCUAAUGGAAAAAUAAUUCAUAAGAAAUCGCAAGUGAAAGAAGGGAAAUUUGAAUUUGAAACGUCAAGAGGAGACUAUCAAUUUUGUUUCAGCAACGAGUUUUCUUCUUGGGUUCAUAAGACGGUGUUCUUUGACCUUCGACCUGCGGACAUUAACUCAUUGGCUGGGGAAGCCGGAAAUGAGGUUCCGUUUGUUAGGAAUUCAGCGGAAAACUCUUGUGACGAAAUCCACGAGACUAUGACGUCAGUGAUGCGAUAUCAACGCGACUUCAGAAUCAAAGAGUCCAUCGGACGUCACAUCGCAGAGACGGUACAUUCCCACGUGACUUGGGUUUCCCUUCUGCAGACUUUCGCCAUCCUGCUGACGGGCCUUGGACAAUCAUUUCUUCUCAAACGAUUUUUCACUGAAAAGUCUUCAGACAGUGUAAUAAGUUCAAUUAAGGCGGAAACUUAAUAACUAGUUUCAUUUAGAAUACAUUUACACUUACAACAUAUUUUAAGAGACGAGUGUCAACAUUGUUAUUGACUACGCUAAUCAUUAUUCUGUAUCAACAAAGUUGUAAGGUGUUUAUGAAUGUUACUUAUAUGUUUAUAUGAAAUCACCU